AUGACAAUACAACUGCAACUACAAUCGAAACUCUGCGGUUGUUAUAGAGUUACUGGAUGGAGAUGGAGAUAUGGGAGAUAUAGGAGAUUGGUAUAUUACCGCGGAGAGGAGAAGAGGAGAGAGAGGAGAGAGAGAGAGAGAGAGAGGAUAGAGAGGAGAGAUAGGAGCGAGAGGAGAGAGGAGAGAGAGAGAGAGAGAGAGGAGAGAGAGGAGAGAGGAGAGGAGAGGAGAGAGAGGAGCGAGAGAGGAAGAGAGAGGAGGAGUGAGAGGAGAGAGAGGGAGGCGAGAGAGGAGAUAGAGGCAGACGAGAGGAAGAGUAGAGAUAGCGGAGCGGAGAUGAGGAGAGAGGAGGCUGACUCAGACGAGGGAGAGAAUUGGAGAUGA